AUGGAGAAAAGUUCUGCAAACUACAACUGGGGCUCUUCAAAGAAGCGUUACGAAUGGAAAGACGAGUAUCUCACUCAAGGCUUUGCUCCUCGUGAUGAAAUGUUGGAAAAAGAACUGUUCGGUAUUGAUAAUCAUGUGCACAGCGGCCUCAACUUUGACAAGUACGAGAAGAUUGCCGUCAAGGUUACUGGUGAAAAUCCUCCUCCUGGAUUCAACAAGUUUGAAGAUGCCAACUUGCAUCCCUGUAUGAAAGAAAACGUUGCUUUGGCUCGUUACACUGUACCUACUCCUGUCCAGAAACACAGUAUUUCCAUUGUCACAGCUAAUCGAGACCUUAUGGCUUGUGCUCAAACUGGCUCUGGUAAAACUGCUGCUUUUCUGAUCCCUACCUGCUCUGCUCUCUUUAGUCAAGCCCAACAACUGAUCUCUCGUGCCAGUCCCCGAGACUACCAUCAUUUCAAGUCUCGUCCUUUGGUAUUGAUCCUCGCCCCCACUCGUGAACUCUGCUGUCAAAUUUUUGAUGAAGCUCGUCGUUUCUGUUACAGAAGCAUGUUGAGACCUUGCGCUGUUUAUGGUGGAGCAGGCGUACAAGGACAGAUUCGUGAAUUGGAGCGAGGUUGUGAUGUUCUAGUCGCUACUCCUGGCCGUCUUUGUGACCUCAUUGAUCGUGGCAAAAUCGAUUUGUCCCACUUGAGAUACUUAGUCUUGGAUGAAGCUGAUCGUAUGUUGGAUAUGGGCUUUGAGGGUGUCAUUCGUGAUGUUGUUGAAAACAAGGGCAUGAAUAAGAAUCGUGUUACUUUGAUGUACAGCGCUACCUUCCCUCGAGAAAUUCGAGCACUGGCUAGAGAUUUUCUUAAACCAAACUAUUUGUUUCUCAAGGUAGGCAGAAUUGGAGGAACCACUACUGACAUUACUCAAAAGGUUAUGUGGGUAGAGGAGGGAGAGAAGCGGGAGCGUGUCAAGCAGCUCCUGAUGUCACAGCCUCCUUGUCGUACGCUCAUCUUUGUUGAUACCAAGCGUGCGGCAGACAGCCUGGAUCAUUACCUCUUUGAGUCCAAGUUGCCCUCCACUUCAAUUCACGGUGAUCGCAGUCAGAUGGAGCGUGAGGAUGCUCUUCUUGCUUUCAAGAAGGGUACAUGUCCUAUUCUGGUAGCAACAGCUGUGGUCGCUAGAGGCAUUGAUAUUAAGAACGUCAUGCACGUUGUUAAUUAUGAUAUGCCUCCUACUAUUGAUGAAUAUAUCCAUCGUAUUGGUCGUACUGCUCGUGUUGGCAAUGCCGGUUUAGCUUCGUCUUUUUUCAACAACUCAAGCACUGGAAUCGCAAGAGACCUCACCAAGUUACUGGUUGAAUGCAAGCAAGAGGUGCCCGAGUUUCUCAAGCGCUAUGUCACUUCGAAUAUGCGCUUUGAAGAUGAUGAGGAUGAUUUGUAG